AUGCUUGACUCAAAAUCUAAACUGAUUCUUACAAGCCGAAAAACAGUUUUCAUGGAGGCCAAACGGUUUACAUUUCUAAACAGUUUUACUUACAAAGUAUUUGAUCUUGGAGAUGACGAAAAUGAGUUAACAAAACAGGACAAGUUGUCUAUUUUAUCUGCAUAUGAAAUUGAUAUCAAUCCCUUAGAACAAGAAUUACAGAAGGUCGUGGGGGAAAGCGACGUGUUUCAUAUGUUUCCACUGUUGUGUAAAUUAUUUUCUACGAAUUUGGAAUACAAAAGAAAAGGAUGUUCAUUUUUUAAAGAACCAUAUCCAAUUAUUAUGAAGCACUUGGAUGAAAUGGAAAAAGAAAGGAGAUUAUUUUACGCAGCUCUGGUUUUAUGCAUGCUGAAUGAAGGGCUUAUUUCUGAAAAUGUCUUGGACACUGAAUUGGUGCCAAAAAAGACAAUAUACCGAUGCUGUAAAAUACAAAGUUCGACAGAUAAUUGGGAAAUAAUGGAAGCUGUCUCACAGAUGGUAGGGACAUAUCUCACUGAGUGUGACGGAGAAUUCUACUUCGUUCAUGACUUACUUUUUGAAAUUGUUGCUUGUCACUUUGGAAAAAAAUGUCCAAAAGAAAUUAUUGACCUUAUGACCAGCGAAUUUAUUUCACAACGUUUAACUCUUGAGGACAAACAAGAGGAAGGCUUUCUGACAAUUAAAAUUUCAGAGAGGGAGUACAACAAACUAGCCGAGAGACUGUACGGAGAUCUAAAAAAUCUUAAACUCUACAGCGUUUUUGAUUCAGAGUUUCUUCACAAUGAGAAAAUCGGUGACCAUUUCUUGUCACUUCUUAGCAGAGAUACAAAUAUUGAUAUAAAAGACUUCUUUCUGUCUUUGAAUACAGACUUCAAAGAUUAUACAACCAUGCGAAUGCCCAAUAAGAAAACGCUUGAUUCAACAGAAGAGUUGCAUUUUAAUAUGAAAAUGCUUAUAGAAGAUGCAGGAAAAGUUUUUUGGUUUUAUGAAGACGAGGAAUUUGGUGCUUAUUCUAACAAUUGUCAGAUUCGACUUAUAAGUUGGAUCAUUGCCUUUGGGCAUAAUAAGAUUCUCAAAUACAUUGUUGACCAAAUGAUUUCCCGAAAUGAAGAAUUAGAGAUUGUGUUUGGGAAAGAUCUCAUGAGUCAAACAAGAUGUCUUGUCUUAGCUUGUUAUUCAAAAAAUCCGGAUAUUGUCAAACUUGUUUUGAAGCAUACAGAUCCAACAUGUAGGAAUAUGAAUACACAUCAAGAAGAAGAAUCUGUUUGUAUACCAAUGUAUAAACUAAUAACCCCAUUGACACUCUCUAUCUUAUUAGAAAGUUCUGAUAUAUUGGAUAUCAUUUUAGAUGAGGAAGUCAAUGUUAAUGCUUUUGGCGUUACUUGUUUAAGUCCACUGCUUAUUGCAAUAUACAGGUCUGAUUUGAAUACUGUUCAAAAAUUGGUAGCAGCUGGUGCUAAUGUUAAUCAAUGUUCAUGUGAUGAAUUUCCUCUUAUUGUUGGAUCGAUGCUGAAUAAUACUGAAAUUGUUGAGUUUCUAGAACUGGACAGGGAUAAGGCCGAGCCCCAGGAGCCAGCUGAUGGAACCUCGAAAACUGAAAACGAGAAAGAACAUCUGCCUUAUCAUUCUUAA